AUGCGCUUCUAUGUCAGUGGGAAGUGGGGCUUUACUCUGAUAUGGGGCUACUAUGGAUCGGUGCUUCCUUUGGCAUUCGUCAUGGCUUUGCCAAACGCGGCCAUUGCCUUCGUCUUGGGGUCCCUGCUCGAGGACGAGGUCUACGAGCAGGACCAGGCAACUGUGAACACCGCCUGGAGCAUCCUUGGCAUCUUCAGUACGUGCAUGUUCUUCGUGCUGAACUUCCGAAGUACGAUUGCGUACAACAGGUGGUGGGAGGGCGGCACCCUCCUCCAGCAGACCCGCGGGGAGUGGUUCAAUUGCUUUAGCAGCCUCGUGGCAUUCACCAACCCAGCCCCAGAGCUGGUGUCCGACGUGGAAGAGUUCCAGCAUCUCCUCGUCCGUCUCAUGAGCCUACUCUUCUGCUGCGCGCUGCAGCAAGUGUCGCCGGACAGGGACAGGCCCUUUGAGAUCUUGUCCCCCGCUGGCAUUGAUCCACAGAGCCUGUCGAUGCUCGCAAAAAGCAAGGACAAGGUAGAAGUUAUUCUGCAGUGGAUCCAGCGUCUGAUCACGCUGAGCAUGCAGAACAGCAUCAUUGUGGUCGCACCACCGGUCGUAACCCGGGCGUACCAAGAGCUGUCCCGUGGCAUAGUGAAUUUGCAAAACGCGAGGAAAAUUGCGGAGUUCCCGUUUCCGUUCCCUCUCGCGCAGGUCAGUAUAGCCAUGCUCUGUGUGCACUGGGCCCUCGUUCCGGUUCUUUGCAGCAUGCUUCUCGGAAGAACUCUUGCGGCCUGCGUCGCUUUCGUCGUCAUCUGCUUUCUGUGGGCACAGAACUUCAUUGCACUGCAGCUGGAGUCUCCUUUCGGCUGCGAGCCCAAUGACCUGCCCAUGCAUCAGAUGCAAACUGACUGGAACACGAGCCUUCGAGCACUGAUGAAUCCUGUGGCCCAGCGGCCGCCUUCGUUCUGCUUCGACCCCGACAUGCAUCAUCAGUUUUCCGUGGUCAUGUCGAACCUCGCCAUUCCCAACAAGAAGAGGGCAACGUCAUACGAGUUUGAAACCAGCUGA